CUACACUCAAUCAAAUGAUUGAGUUUGUUAGAUUACAUAAUAUCAAAGAAGUUUGGGCAGCUACUGUUAGAAAUUUGUUAAGGAUUAAACAUCAUAUUUUGAUGCUACAAAAUAAUUCAUAUCUAUGUUCCUGCCUUUCUAUUAUCCAAUAUGAAGAGCCGUUUUUAGUAGCAGAUAAGUUUACUCUAGAUAUGAUGACCUUACCAAAUAAUUCUUCAGUUCCUUAUUUGUAUCUUUUUAAAGAAAAUAGAGCAGAUUUUUGUGAAGAGAAUUUGAUGACCCUUGAUCAAAGAAUUAUUUACGGAAAGCUCCACGGAAUAUAUAAGAAGGCUUUGAAUAAAGCAUUGCAAAACAAGUCAAGAUCUCAGGAACUAAUCGAUUUACUUCAAGGCUUUGCUGAAGAUGGAGAUAACGAUGAUAGUUUAGAUUCAGAUGAAGGUCAAGAAAGUGACGAUAAAGAAAAUAUAAAUCCUUAA